GGGAGCGAUUUUCCCGUUACGGACACGCGGUUCCUCGCGACGUCACUUUGUGGUGCGGCGUCGAGCUAAUCGCUCGUAUCGCCGGUCGAAAUCAAAACCGGUCGUUGAUUCGUUUGUCAUUGAAAAACGCACGCGUUUCGAGUCGGUGAUCGGUGGUCGUAACGUUUGCGUUUCGUUUCGUUUCGAGGACGAUCAUCCGGAAGACGGACAGAGUCGCGUAACGUAAUCGCAGAUCGCGUGCAAUAUCCGCGAUUCCGUAUUAAAGGGUGAGAUUGGUUGAAUUGGCCGGUCGGUCGGUCGGUUGUGCGGUCGUUCGAUCGAUCGAUCGAGUCCCGUACGCCGAUCAGAAGUCGAUCGGCCAUAGCGAUCGACCAUCGAUUGAUCACCGCUCCAGUUGGACUUGACAUAUUUCUAUCGACGCUGGAGAACAUUUAUUCGCGUAUGAUCGAGUCUCGCGCGGUUAGCGAGAAAACGCGGUCGAAAUUGCAAGUGGUAGACGAUCGAUCCAAAAGUAGUGCUCGUGAAGGGACCCCGUCAUCGAUACCAAGUAUGUACUAACCGAUCGAUUUGAGGAAUUUUGUACGGUCGCUAAAACCACGAACCAGGUAUGCAUUACAACGCCCAAGGGAUCACGGAGGACUCGUACCUGCGACAGAGGCAACAGGAACAUCAACAGCAACGACAACAACAAACGGGUCAACAUACCGGCUACUCCGUACGGCAAAAGGGCCGCGAUCGUUCGUGUUCACCGAGAUCGGAUGAAGUGCGGUCGCCCGGCUCCGAGCUGAGAGGAGAGACUGCUAUCGGAUCUCCGGAAAACAUACGUUUCGUGGAAAACGGCUCUCCUUCGGAGCUCGGUGAGGAAUCGCGAAUGUCGAGGUAUCGCGAAGAGAGCGAAGCGAAGAGACCUUCCUUCUCGAAGCAGGAGAACGAGUCGGCGGCGAGUUUCUUUCGAGACCCGGAAGACACCGGUGUAAAGUGUUUCACCGAGGAGAUGGUCUCGGCGGUGGCGAGUCACUACAGAGAGUCGAAUAACUCGCCGGGUAGAAUCUCGCCGCAGGAAUACGCGGUUCACUCGACCGACAGACGUCAUAGUUCCUUUGGGAAAACGUCGUUCUGCAUCGACGCGUUGCUCGGUCGGGCAACCGGGAAACCGGAAAGUCUGGAUCACGAACGAUCCGAUAGAUCGAACCAAAGAUCGCUGUUCGCAACGCGAAACUCUGUCAUCGACGCGAGCCCCUGUUUGACGAACUCGUUGGUACGUGGUCACGAUCGAGAAUCCUCUUGCACCCUAGGAGGUGUAAGCGGAGCCGCUGGAACCGGCAUCGUUACCGUUGGAAUCGGAGUUGCGGUCGGCGUUGGUAACGGGACUGCGCUUAUCGGCGCUGCUAGAACGGACGAGCAAAGAACAUCUUCUUCCCUCGGAGGACUUUUGCAUCCGUUCGACAGAACCGUCGUCCAACACGGACUCGCUUCUCCGUCGAACUUACAAGUUAUUCGCGAUCCAAGUGACAGACAAGAUAUUCGUGACCGAUCCGUACGCGACGCUCAUUUGUCCGGUAUUCGCGUGGAAGCGGUGGAAGAAACGACGAAAACGCCUUUCAAAGGGGAAAACGCUGGCAUCGGUAACGGAGGAUUUCGAGUGGAUCGGUUGGAAAAUAUCGAGGACGACGGUUCGAUCGAGGUCGAUCCUACGAGAACAGGAAGCGCCAGCUCGGGAAGCAACGCGAGCCACAGUCCCAUCUCCAGCCCUCCGAUUUCCCCUGGAUCGGAGGAACCCAGUGGCAACGCUAUCCCUGGUAAUCCGAAUUUACCGAGUGGCCAUUAUAGCGCGCUCGGUAGCAACGCGGGAGUAGCACGACAAAAUCAAGCGCUUCUCUUACAUCCAAGUGGUCCCCUCAUACAUCCCGGAGGAUUAUAUUAUCAUCCUGCCGGUGGUAGCGCGUUUCAUUCGAUACACAAGGAAGGUCAACCCGUCGGACAUUCGCAGAGUGCCGGUGCUCAUCCUCAGCAGCAUCACAUCCAUCCACUCCAACUCGAGUGGUUGGCUAGGACUGGAAUGUUGUAUCCGAGGUUACCCGCCGAUUUAGCCGGUUGCGCGGCCCAGCAUGCCCUCCUUGGAAAAACGAGAAGGCCGAGAACCGCUUUCACGUCGCAACAGCUACUCGAAUUGGAAAAACAAUUUAGACAGAACAAGUACCUUAGCAGACCGAAGAGAUUCGAAGUGGCCACUUCGUUAAUGCUCACGGAAACACAGGUGAAAAUCUGGUUUCAAAAUCGACGAAUGAAAUGGAAAAGGAGUAAAAAGGCACAACAGGAGGCGCGGGCGAAUAAUAAGGUCGAGGACGGAGGAAACGUGAGAAGCAGCGAGAGGGAAACCGGCGGUGAUCCGAAUCCAAAUUCGCCGAGUCCGCAGGAGGAUAGCAAAGGUGCUCUACAAGAAACGCAGAGGAACGCGACCGAACUUCAGGAGCCGCUUUAUCGACCUUACGUGGUAUAAAACUCUGACCAAAAUGAUCGACCCAGUGGUGUGCCAAAUGUGAACCAACCGAUGUAAGUUGCUGCUUGGCGUCAUUUUGUCGAUUAAAUCUCUUGUUGAUACCUUUGAUACUUGGUGUGAUAUGUUCGAUCGUUUCUCGAGUGAAUUUUUAAUACUACGCAAUAACAACAACAACAACAUCGUUAGUCGACCGAAAAACGGAGAGAUGUACGUGCAAAAAGGAUUCAAUGACAAAGCGAUCGAUUAGAUUUUACAAACAAAUCGCAAAUAGAAUCGCGUGCAUGUAUGAUGUAAGUAUCGACUUAUGCUGUACGCAUGCUGGUGUAACAUGGCAAAACUCGUAUGUAAAUAUAGGGAACAAUACGAUGGAUAAUACACGCAUAUACGCACACACGCAUAAAUACACAGCGGCUCGUAACUAUAAAAAUAUCUUCAAAUUUUCAAUUCUUAUAGGAGGUACGAGGUACAAAAUGAUUUUUA